AUGAGGGUUAUUCGUCCUAGAUUAGUUUGCAGGUGCUUACUUGCAUUGUGCGUGCUCAUUUUCUUUUACUAUGGCUUCAUAUUGGGUCAUUUUGUCAGUUCUACAAGUGCCUUCUCUUCUCUGUGGCUUUCCAAACGUCCCGUAGUGAUCCAGGGCGGCGAAGAUGCCGAUCCGGAAGUUCGGAUCAAACGAGAUCAUGUGAAAAGCAUGAUGAAACACGCUUGGGACGGAUACGUUCAAUACGCCUGGGGAGCCAACGAACUCAAACCAAUCAGCCGGAAACCGCACAUAAACUCGAUCUACGGUUCGGCUCCGUUAGGUGCAACCAUCGUCGACAGUCUCGACACUUUAUUCAUUAUGGGAAUGAUGGACGAAUUCAAUGCAGCCAAAGAUUGGGUUGAUAACGACAUGAACUUGGACAUGGCCGACGCUGAAUUAUCUCUGUUUGAGGUGAACAUUCGAUUAGUAGGUGGGUUGCUCUCUGCGUUCGCUUUGACUGGUGAUAAACUGUUUCGUGAAAGGGCCUUACAAGUAGGAGAAAGACUUUUAUCAGCAUUCGACGGUGUCUCCGCUGGUAUCCCCAACGGUCGGAUAAAUCUGAGCGCAAACAAGAGCUCUGGUGGCUGGCCGGUCCUGGCUGAAUGGGGAACGUUAAGCCUGGAAUUUAACUACCUAAGCGACGUGACCGGAUCAGGUGUGUUUCGAUCGCACAUCCGCCGGAUAUACGAAGAGACCAUAAACUUGAUGGUCAGCAUGGAUGGUCUUUAUCCUGUCAACAUCAGAAUGCGUCAAAAUAAGACAGGGGACUUUGACGAUCGAGUUCAUUGGAACAAUUUCGAUAAAUAUACACUCGGAGCUGCGGGUGAUUCCUUUUACGAAUAUUUGCUCAAAAGUUGGCUGCAGAGUGGCAAAACAGAUGAAACCUCCUUAUCGCUGUACCUGCAUUCGGUAGGCGGCGUAUUCAAUAAACUAGUCAGGACUUCGGAAAAAAGCAAAUUAACCUACCUGGUUGAAAUUGAGCACGAAAGUGUGCAGCACGUAAUGGGACACCUAACCUGCUUCGCUGGAGGAAUGUUUGCACUUGGUGGUAAGACGUUGAACCAAGAACGACAAUUCAAAUUGGGCGCUGAUUUGACUUCUACCUGUCACCAAUCUUACGUCCGAUCACCGACUAAACUGGGACCUGAAACAUUUGAAUUCAACGAUCAACUGGAAGCUGAACUUGAUAGAAGCAGCGGGGCGAAAUAUUACAUCCUUCGUCCGGAAGUGAUCGAAUCUUAUUUCAUCCUUUGGCGUCUUACUCACGACCCACGUUACCGACGCUGGGGUUGGGAAGCUGUUGAAGCAAUUGAGAAAAAUUGUCGCAUUAGCACCGGUGGAUACAGCGGAUUACAUAACGUCGCCAAUGUAUUACCCACUCAUGACGAUGUCCAGCAAAGUUUCUUUAUGGCCGAAACUCUCAAAUAUCUGUAUUUACUGUUCAGCGAUGAUAGUCUCAUCGAUCUUGACCAGUGGGUAUUCAACACUGAAGCUCAUCCAUUGCCAAUCAAGGGAGGUGCGAACCCGCUCUACCGACCUGCUGAAGCCAAAUAA